AUGACUGAGGGACAAACUUAUUGGGCGACGGCUUCUCCCAUCUCAGGGCAGUGCUACGAGUACACCAGCUUCCCAUCCAAGAUCACCCUAACACCAAGCUUCACUCCGACUACGCCUACAGCGACUCCCGUGCCUUUCAUCACCACCGAAUCGAAUGGUGAAAUUCUCUCUUAUCCGUCGCAGAUCGUCGAGAAUCUUGCCACGGAGGGUGCUGGCGCACCCACGACACUGCAAACUGCGUCGCCAAGCCAAACCGGCAGUAACCACGAUGGUUCAGGUCAAUGCCACAGUGUUGACGAUGCCUGCGACAGAGCGUAUGCGCAGUAUGAAGACGACACAAUAUACUCAUCCUACACAUCCUACACAGCGAAGAUCAAUAGUGGCAUUAUUAUAGCUGCAACGUUUGGCCAAGCUGGUUGUACGGCGAUGUAUUCAUGCGAUAACGAUGACUAUGGUUUUGGCAUGACUGGACGGCAGAUCAAGGCUAGUGUUGAGUACAUGAAGGCAAAUGACGGUGUCGGAAAAUGCGGAACCACAUAUCUGUCAAACUCUUGUCAUAUCACUCUCAAUUACUGCACCAGCUGCAAGGCAACGCAGUAA